CGAGUCUGCAAGUUGCCAAGAACAAGUUUCAAUAUGGCGUCCAAGGUACCUGUAUAAGAAGAGCAACCAAAGAUGUGGGACUUACGAUCUCCUUGGUCCUUUGCGGACUGGGGCCCUCCUAUUCCCGAGAAGGAUGCAUCAUGUGCCCCACUUUGUCAGCAUCCUCCAUGUUGGCAGUCUAAUCUGAGAAAGUUGAAGGGAAUCAAAGACCUCCCACCUGAAAUCCCACCAAAGGAAGAGAUUGAAACAGACUUGCCAACCUUAAAAGUAUGUAACAUGUUGGAGGAAUAUGGAGAUGAUCCCCGGGAUCUCUUUCCUGUAAAGUUUGCUGGAAAACCUCAGCAUGAGCGCUCUAAUUUAAAUAAGUUACCUGGUCCUAAAUCCAGUAAAUCAAGUUUAAAAGUCCCUUCCCCACCAAUUCAUACUCCAGUAAGUGAGAAGAAGAUAAAGAGUGCUCCCCAGGGGAAGCCAAUUCAACUGGUGGAGGUCCAGGAAGUGUUUGAACCUGAGGAUCUCAAAUGUAGCUGGGAUGAUACUUUCCUCCCAAAGAAAUUUUAUGUUUGGGUCCCCAAUCCAAAAAGGAAACAAAAGCAUGAAAAAUCAGCAUCCAUUGGAGAGCUGGCUAGGAGUAAUCCCCAGAAAGUUUUGGUAAGAGAUAUUACAGAAGACAUGAUCCCCCGCAGUAUUGAAUAUGAGAACACCACAAAGCCAUAUGAAGGGCCAGUGAUAAAGAUGCGUAGAAGAAUUACCUCCCCUGCUUCCUCCCGCUAUAGAACACCAUAUUCCAGAUCCUCAGCAGCAGGGAUGCGUUCAGGGCCCCAACUUUAUGGGGGGACCGGCAUUGAGGAAUUACUUGAUCUUCCCCAAGAUAUUCUAGUAAGAGUUUUGGAUCAUGCCAGACAGAGUGAUUUUGCAUCUAGUCAGAAACUUCAUGAAUUGAUAAGUAAGUUUGUCCCAAUCAUGGACCGAGAAUCUACCAACAUGACCGCCAACAGCACAGACUUGCUGCAACAGAAGAAAAUGAACAUCUACGAGGGUAAAGAGAAGAAACAUAAGGAGUCCCACCUAAUGGAAACCAAACCUGUUUACUAUCUCGAUGAAGACGGAGUAGAACAGGAAGUCUUCCCAGAACCCAGGCUGUCGAGAGGUCAAAGGUUAAACGACAGUGAUUAUGGGUCAUAUCGAGAUCUGUACAUGAGUGGAACUAGAGAGUUUCCCAAACUAAAGAAACCACUGCCACCUAUUGGUGGAACUGUGGAUGAAAAGAUAAAAAUUCCAUCAAUAUCACUUGGCCUGCCAGAACUUCCAACUGGGGUUAAACAAACCAGGACUUUCAACUACUCCAGGAAAAAUUACAGAAACAUUGACCUUACCAUAGGUCCUGUUCCAACUCCACCCACCAGCACCAGAACUGAGGACACCACUGCUUCAGAUCAUGGUACCACCGUCCAUGUAAACAUCCCCUCUGCUGACUCUGUAAGGGAGGGAGUACAACCCCAGUCAGCUGCUCAGAGGGCUGAAAUGGCAUAUUAUGGCCUGUACACUGAUUUCGAGUCUUCCAAAUCUGAGAGAUCAGCUUCCCGUACCCCUCUCCACGCUGUCAGCCCUGCCCAAUCCACAAGAGUGCCCCAGGCCCCAGCCACUACCCCUGCUACUCAUGGUCAGAUGUCCCCCAUGAAGCUUUAUCGUGAUCAGUCAGGCAUGUCCACUGGCUCCAACAGGAAACCAAAAUCAGCUCCUUCAAACCAGAAUGUCUCACGAGAAAACGCCCAGUCCCCUACGGCAGAGAUCAGGGCUCCUACAAACUCCCCCAGGGCUCUCACACCUGAGCAGACAGGUCUUGGAACAAUUCAGGAAACGGGUCAUGAGGAAGGUGAGGGACUGCAUCCAGUGUCACGUGGUGGACGAAGUGUGCGCUUUGCUGAAGAGGUUCCGGAGGUUCCUCCGCCACCAUCGUCGCCCCAACUUCCGGAAGAUGUCCAAGAGUCAGCACAAGAGAUAGAACCACAGACCCAGGAACCUAGUGGUCCUGUCUCGAGACAAACGGGCGUCACCAAUCAACCCACAUUUAAUACAAUGGAAAAAGAAUUGUCACAAGAUGAAAUCCUGAUUAAGUCUGCCAAAAAACGAGAUUCUGUCAUAUCCACACCAGAACCAUGGCCUCAAGUUAACGAAGCUGAUUACGAUGUUACGCCUGCACACACGAAAAUGACUCUCCACGAUAGCGAAGCAAAAGUGAACGAUUCGCGGCUGGCACAAAUGGAUCCGUACUCGGACAGGUCUGCUGGUACUGGAAGUACAAUUCGUGCAGAUAUUACUAGCAGGGACUCCACAAGAAGUUACAUGACACACAAAGAGGAAUCACCAGGACCACCUCCCCCGUCCCCAGAGCCUAAAGAUGGCAAAAACGAUGAACAAAGGUCAGCGCGAAGGAGAGAAACGAAAUCCCGCGAAUCCACUACCAUGACGCCACUUCUGGAAGAGAACGAUGAGGACACAGCAUCGCCCGAUGUUCAUGUUAGGACUCUUGUCAUUGAGGUUCCACCAUUAGGACAGAAGGAAACAAAGAAACCGAAGGGUAAAACACGAACAACGGACACGUUUGUAAGUAUAGACAUUCCUGCACAGGCCAUGGUGGAUGAGGAACUUACUAACGGAAGUGGCAAGAGACAACUGAUUAGUAAAGGAGGGAGACGGUUGGAGCCACCAUUAGAGGAAAAGGAGGAAGAAUCCACUCCAGAUGGAGGAGGAACUAUCAACACACGAGAACAGAAUUUAUCUGUACAAAGCUCCGUGACCGGCAGAAUUACAGCUGAUGGGGACACGGACACAGAGUUUGGAUCCGCCGGCGUUGAUCCCUCUAUUGGUGGUAACGUAUCGCCUUCUUCAACAAUCACAGGAAAUGACAAGAUUGUCAAUACAGACCUGAAAAAUUUUAUCGAGCAACAAGGUGGAGAGACUUCGAAAAUUGAGGAGGACAAUGAACCAAAAUCUAGUGAACGCAGGAAGGACUCUUCCGAAUUGAUGGAGUCCCGGGACUCAUACUUACCGGAAGGCGAGGAGCAGAAACCGGAGCCAACGCAGAUGACCGCGGGAGAUGAUGCCAAACAAGAGAACGAGACGGGAGGGGAACAAACAGAGGAGGGUGGCACGGAUGGAAAUCUUACCCAGAGGACCGAACAGGAGAUAACCGAGAAUGGGGGUGAUAAUGAUGCCUUUAAAUCACUGCUGGCAGAGGAACUGGCUCGUAUUAACCAACAGGAGUAAAAAUGUCUAUAUUAAAUACUGUGAUUACACAUCUGUGAUAUAUCCUGACCUCGGCGUAAAAAGGUCUGUGAUAUCAUUGAUUGCAUAAUUGUGAUAUUUUUUCCAUUUACAUCUCGAAGAGAACCGACUUCCCUGGUAAAAUAUUCAUAUACUUAAAGGAAAUUUUAUAAAUUACAUCCGGGAUUUAUAUGGAAUUUUGUAACAAAUUCAUGAAAAAGCCAGUAUUUAAGACAAAUUACACAAAUUACAUUGUUAUGCAUUAAAUACAUGUACGAAGCUGAAUGAAUAUGCCUUUUUAUCAGCACCUGUUUUUAAUAUUUUCCAUUUCUAUCUGUGAUACAUACAUAUAUAUAUCCAUUAAAUACAAAUUAAUGUAUUAUAAAAUAUACAAGAAAGCAUUUCCGAAAAUUUCUCUCUCAGGUUGGCGGCACGUCGAGCAUUUAUUUGUGUACGAAUUUUCCAUGUAUCAGGUAUUCACGCGUGGUUCGAGUAAACAUUAAUUGGUGGUUUGGCUGCACUUUCAUGAUCGUGAUGAUACAUGUAAAAACAAAACUCAUUUUUCAAAGA